AUGGAAAAAAUGGAAUUAAGAGACAGUAAAAUGGCCGGUGCACCUCCAGAUAAACCUCCACCAUAUUCAGAAAGUUUUCAAAAUCCAGGAGGUCCUAAUAUGACACUUCCAACAGCACCACCAAUUCGACCAGUUGUUCAUACAGUGGUUAUGCAGCAGAUGGGACCCAGAUCAACAACCAUUGUAUGCAAAUCUUGCAAUCAUCAGAUACAGACUAGAGUGGAAUUCCAACCAACUACGAAGACUCAUCUGUUUGCUCUUGUAUUAUGUUUAAUUGGGUGUUGGCCAUUUGCGUGUUUACCCUACUGUAUGGACUCCUGCAAUAGCGCUGACCAUUACUGUCCAAGCUGCAACGCUUAUAUAGGAAGUUACGUCAACUGA